CGAAAAUGAAAACUAAAGAUUUAGACCAAAAUUCUCGUGAAAAUGAACGGAAGGGUUGUUUUUCGGCAAUUCCUAUGCGAUUCGUGUUUGUAUUUAUGGGUUUUUUUGGAUUCAACUUAGUUUACGGCUUUAAAGUGGUGUUAAGUGUAGCGAUCGUAGCGAUGGUCAAAAGCUCGGGCACCACAUCCGAUAAAAGCCAAGAGUGUGUGAUCGUCGGGCCAACCAAUAGCACAAUGGGUCCGCCAACCGGUGAUUUCUCUUGGAAUGCCGAUCAGAAGGCGUCACUUUUGGGCGCAUUCUUCUACGGCUAUAUCUUAACACAACUUCCCGGAGGACUUCUGGCCGAAAGGUUUGGCGCCAAAUGGAUAUUCGGCGCCAGUGUCUUGAUUACAGCCCUGCUAUCGCUCAUCAGUCCUGUGGCGGCCAAUUUGCACUACUCGGCCUUCUUCGCCGUCAGAGUUGGCCAGGGAUUGGCCGAAGGGGUAGUGUUUCCAGUGAUGAACUCAAUGCUGGCUAAAUGGUUGCCCAAAAUGGAGCGAAGUCUGGGCGGAACCAUUGUCUUCACGGGCGCGCAGAUCGGAACCGUCAUAACGGAGCCAUUGGCGGGAGUGCUCUGUAACGGCACAUUCCUCGGCGGUUGGCCCGCCAUCUUCUAUCUGCUGGGAAUUGCGGGUUGUCUUUGGUUUAUAUUAUGGGCUCUCAUAGUGUCUGAGAGUCCAGAAGUACAUCCCUAUAUAUCGGCUAAAGAAUUGCAAUUCAUUAAGACUGGACAGGGAGCGGAAGCCAUUAAGGCAAAGCGAGCGCCGACUCCUUGGAAAAAGAUCGUAACCUCUUUGCCGAUGUGGGCCCUAAUCAUCACUCAUUUCGGACAAAACUGGGGUUUUCUCACUGUUCUCACACUUUUGCCCUCAUAUUUCGAGAAAAUAUUGAAUAUAGACAUUGAACAUAACGGUCUGUACUCAAGCCUGCCGUGGCUUACAUGCGCUCUAAUGAGUUGGAUUGUCAGCACUAUUAGCGAUAGGGUUCGGGCGUCGGGAAAAGUUCCCAUCACUUAUAUUAGGAAAUUCUGCAAUUGUGUCGGGUUUUUUGGUCCGGCUCUAUGUUUGGUGGGAGUGGUGUUUGCCAAAUGCGACCAAACGUGGAACAUUGCGCUGUUUAUAUUGGCCAUGGGUUUGAAUGGGUUUAUAUUUGCUGGAUUCAUGAGCACACACGUCGAUAUGGCGCCCGAAUACGCGGGCACUCUAAUGGGCAUAACCAACAGUUUGGGCAAUUUACCAGGCUUCCUCGCUCCCAUAGUGGCCAACGCGUUCACUAAGUAUAAUCAAACACUGCAGGGCUGGUCGUAUGUGUUUUACUUGACCAGUGCUGUAUAUAUAGGCACAGGACUGGUAUAUCUAUUUUUCGCUUCGGCACAGAAUCAACAAUGGGUUCAAAAUACUACCGACUCUGACGAUGAAAGUCAUUCAGAUAUUGAUCACAAGCAACAGUCUAUUGAUAUUCACCCAAAUGGCAAUCGGGAUAACAAUGCAUUCGUUAAUGAUUGAUAAAUAAUCAUAAAUUAUUUAUGCAGUUUUUUGUAUAACAUUUUUUAUGUACAAUAUUUAAUUAUAC